AACUGUCAUCAAAACUUUAGCCAUAGUUUACGUCAGAACGUCAAACGUCAGAAUAUUUUUUACAGUCUAUGGUCAGAACGUCCCUCCAGAGUUCAGUUAUAUUGACAGCAUGACUCAGCAAUUUGACUGUAUUAUCCGUACACAAUGUCACAAGGACUUGUCACUCUGAUGGCACUGACAUAUUCAUAGACACAGAUAUUUAAUUUUGAGAGUUGAACUAAGGAUUUUGAGCAAGAUACUGGCUUUUGCAGAGGCAACUCAUAUGGGCAACCCCGAUUCCUGCUGGAAAGACAACAAUCAGAGCCACCAAACAGCCAGAAAACAACCCCCCCAACCAGAGCCAACAGAUGAACUAAUACACCGCUGAUCUGUCUGACAUAUGAUUGCAACUUGCAAAAUCUGCAAAGGAUGCUUAAAAGUCUAACAAAGGCUUGCUUGAGCCCUCCUGUUAAAUGCACUGUUCAUGUGAACGAUAUAGUUCUUUUAGGUUGUGAUUACAACAUUCUGUUAUCAUAAAGUUGAGAUUUUUAGAAUUAGUUUUAAUAUCUGGGGCAUUGUCUCCAGCUCUAAUGUGAUGAGAACAAAAAAAAAGCUGGACUAUGUUAACUUUUUAGGCUGUUAAGUGUUAGAAAUAGGUCUCCUGAGGCAGGGUAGCAUGUGACUAGAAUGAAACUUAAAAAAACAACAACCCCUCCAUUAUCAUGAGUGCACACAAAUAUAAAAUAAACAUAUGAAGCCUUAGUUUUUGUGUGAUUUCAUAUUGAUCUGCCAGAAACACCUCAAAAGCGCCUUAGCCUAUGUCUGAACUUAUACAUUGGGACUUAGUGCAAUAAAAAAUGUUCGAAUAAAAGGACCUCAGUGAUUGUAAUAUGACUGUGCAUUAACUGUAAAUGGCUUGGUUUUCUUUAAAACUGUAUACAAAUAUGCUCCUUGCAGGUAUACAAGUAGUAAAACGUGUGCAGCUCAAUAACAAGUAAAAACAAGUCAUAGUCUGACAAAAAUGCAAAUAAAAAAGCAUGCCUUGGGUUUAGUUAGAACUGUUACUAUAUAUAUAUGUUAUCGAUGACAAGUGUUAAAUGUGUAUUUAAGCCCCAGUCUGCGCAAUGUGUUUUGAUCUGUCACAUUCAUAACGUGCACAGAGCAACUGAACCGACAAAACCAUCGAUCCGUCUUUCCUCCUUAAACUUCUUGAGAAAUUCAGCAGUCUGUCAGAUGUUUUGAACCUGUAUGUAAAACAGAGACUAUGUCAGAGAAGUGGGAAAUGCAGAGAAUUAUUGUGAAUUCAGAGCCGUGUUGUCUCUUUUUUUUCUCUCUCGCUCAGUAUGAUUUGUUUCGGUUUUAAAAGGGAAAGCACCGUCAAUUUAAAGCAAAGAGCGCUGGCGCUGCUCUGCACUGUACCUGCAGUGAGGUGCGCAAGGAUAUGAACAUUAUCUACUCUUCUAUUAGCUUUGGUUCAAUGAUAGCAGUGCUUUCUGAGUCAAUCAUUUAAACUCGUAUCUACAAUCCACCCGUAAGAGAAAAGGAAACCCAGUGAGGAUUUGAAUGCUGCCAAUUAGAUCUCACAGGGAUGGGAAUUGCGCACCGCUGGACACUUUCGAUGGUGUCUCACUGAACGCCGAGGAGUCCUCACACACCUGAAAACUUCUCCAGACACAGAGCACCUCUCCCACCUACGGUUGAUGCCGAGGAUCAUGACCAUGAAUGGUGACCACCAGUCGGUUGCCGCAACGCCGCUGGAUCUGCGCACCACUACCCGAGAGCGUGGGAGCUCCAGAGAGGGGAGUCCGGACUGCAGCGGUCGCGUAAGGGACGCCCGUGUGACAAGCGGCUCACCUGCACCUCCUGCGUGCACGGGGACGGACAGUUUUCAAACAAGCUGCCCAUCAGUCAGAGAGUCGCAGAGUUCCAAAAGCGGAGCUGCUCGUAAGAGACAAGCGGACGAAUCUUCCCUCAGGCUGCCUUUCAGGAAACGUCGGAUUCAUCUAGAGCCGGAGCCCCAGACCCAGUCAACGGCCCCUGCAGAGACAGGAGACCGAUUUCCCCCUGCAGUACAGACGGACUUUACGUCUAGUGUUGGUCGUUUGGAAAGAGUCGCGGAUGAUGGCAGAAUCAGCGCUGGACCACAGACUCCCAGAUGGCUUGAAGGGGCACGGCAGAGUCCUGAUGGAUAUUCCUUUCGUCUUUUGCACCAGUUUGAUAACAGUCGCUUCCCAGUGUAUUGUUGGCCUCCUGUCCAUGAACUGAAUCAUCCUGUGACCCUACCAACUGACAACCGACUGUCUGGUAUCGCCCUGGCUACACGUCAAGAUGAAGACGGAGACACAGUUCUUCAUAUAGCAGUGGUCCAGGGGAAGUAUGCUUUUGUCUGCAAGCUGAUCCAACUUCUGCUGUCGGCUUGCAGGAGUCUAGAUAUCUACAACAACCUCCGCCAGACGCCUCUUCAUCUGGCGGUGAUAACUCAGCAGGCAAGCAUGGUGGAGGCUUUGUUGAGCUCGGGGGCCGACCCUGCUGCAUUGGACCGUAACGGGCAAACGGCACUCCACCUCUGCUGUGAAUACAACCAGCACGACUGUCUGUCAGUGUUGCUCUCUUGCUCCUUGGCUUCCACGUGCCUGGAAAUCAGAAACUUUGAGGGUUUGAGCCCUCUUCAUCUGGCUGUGCUGCGUGGCCACAAGGAUUUGGCCAGAAUGCUGCUAGAUGUGGGUGCUGACAUCAAUGCCAUGGACAUUAAAAGCGGACAGAGCCCCCUCAUGCACGCGGUGGAGAGCAAUAACGCAGACAUGGUGCACUUCCUCAUUGAGAGAAGUUGUGAUGUCAACAGCCAGUCAUACAGUGGGAACACAGCUCUGCACAGCGCAUGUGGUCGAGGUCAGGUGGACACGGUGAGGCUUCUGCUGAAGAGCGGAGCUGACAGCAGCCUCAAGAACUAUCACAAUGACACCCCUGUGAUGGUGGCAAAGAACAAGAAAAUAUCAGAUGUGUUACGAGGGAGAGGAGCAUCCAACCAGAUGAGAGUUCAAGAUCAUCCCUCUAUCUCUAACUCUCCACAUGGGAGCAACUUAACAGAAAUUGGGUCCCCAUCUCCGAGCCACAGUCGAGGAUGUUCACCUUCAACUACACCACACGCGUCUUAUCAUAGCAACUCUCACUCUCCAAAGACUCCAUCUACACUUCUUCCAUUUUUUUAGCUCUAAGUUAUGUCCAGCGCAACUUUCAGCUACCUCUACAGAGCCAACCAACAGAGACUCAGUGCCAAAGGGGACAUCACGGAGAAGGUUCAGUCAAUGGGAUGAUAGAUCAGUAAAAGACUGCACUGGAAAUAAGACAUUCCUACAAGCUAGCCUUAUUGAACUCAAUGAAGACAGUCAUGGUUUGUGCCACUCCUUCACUGGCAGAGUGUGUUCAAACUAUUUAAUCCAGCUGCUGUUGUGACCUAGAUUGGUGACCCACAAACUGUUGUACAUAACAGUUUGGUUUCUCUGCAUUCAUACUGUAUAUGCAGCAUCUGAUGUGUGCAAAUGAAGGCAAACAAAGAUUCACCUUAAGACUGUGUUAUACUGUGUGGCAAGUCUGCAAAUGAUGAAGACGGACCUGAGCUGUUUGAACCUGGGCAACCUUUAAUAUUCAAGAUACAAGAUCCAAGAUUCAAGAAAGCUUUAUUGCCAAGUGAGCUCGCACACACAAGGAAUUUGACGUGGUGAAUGGAACACUGGUACUUAACAAGACAGUAAGGACAAUAAAUAUAUAAAACUAAACACAAAUCC